CUUAACUUUCCUCCUCUCUUUUUGGAAAACUGGUUAUUUUUCAGUUUGAUUUUGCGGAUAGAUCAUUAGUUAAUGUAAUAAUGUAAAAGUAAACUGCAAUUUCUACAUGUAUAUAAUGAUGUGAGCUGUAUAGUAUUAAUGGAAUUAUAAGUUAGAAAACUCGUUAUCGUCAUUUCCUUUAUAUACUAGAGGGACGAAAAUUACGUAGCCAGUGCGUGAGCGUAAGAGCUUAGCUUUAACUUUUACGACCACGUGGGAUGACAAAGCGAGUUAUUUAAAGCGAGUGCACGAGUACCGUCGCAUCUGCUCUGACGCGUGGUGGGCAGAGCUAACGUUACCGUGGUCGAGGUAAGAUAUACCGGUUAGAAGAGGAAGAUUAUAUUCUUUACGUCGGUUCACUUUCUCUUUCUUUGGGUCGUACGACUGGCGAAGAAAAUAGAUUACUUAUGGGAUAAUCUGGAAGAAAAUGAAUGUAAACUCAAUCAGGUCGAACGGAAACGACUGGGAUAGAGAAACAUAACUUUUUCUAUUGACUAAUGCGAUUCAUUAAUCGUAUUUUUUUGUCCUUAAAUCCAAAUUACUAAAAAUAGAUUUUCGGUCCGGUUUUCCAUUGCCGUGAACCGCGCGUAGAUCGAUUGGAGGACGAGCCGUCUUAUCGAUCGUUCUUUGUGUAGAUACGCUCGUAGAAAAAAUUAUGCUAGGAAACAAAUUUUUCGUGCGCGUGGCUGUACCAAUUAGUUGCUCGUCCAAGGUCAAAACCUACGGAUGCUUAAUUUAUUUAUAUUUCGAUUUUUCAAAUUAAUUAAAAAUAUUUUUCUUUUCGUUAUGUUUCUUUUCUAGAAGCACACGUCAAAAACUCGUGUUAUUUUUCUUUUAUAACAUAAAAAUCCUCGCCAACGCUUCAGCAGCAGAAAUUGCAACGUGGUUCCAAAGUACGACUAUCCUAAAAAACAGAAAACAAUUAAAACUGCAUACAUUGGAUAUUCCAGCUAGCUAAGUCACAUUUCCAUGCGAUUCUAAUAGUUUUUCCUUUAUGUCCAACUUUCAUCAACAUGCAACGAGUGUAGCAUUUAGUCAUUUUAAUUAUAAAUAUGGUAACCUCCAACUACUUUCUCUUUUUACUCUCGGAGAAAACACUUUGGUCAAAUUGAUCCGGAUCUUAUCUCAAUUUUUCAUCUGGCUUCUGAAAGUGCCAAUUGCUGGCGUUAUCUCGUUGACGUUAAAGACGUGACCAUCCUUGGAUUGACUCAGGUAUGGCGUAACGAUUUCGAAUUUUUGCCGAUGGAAUCGAAUUUCGGCAGGACGAAGAUGCCGGGCAUUUUGUAAUAAUGCUCGUAAGUAGAGCCGAUAACUUAACCCACAUGACUUCGCGAGCGUAUCCACUGACCCAAUACGAAGGACGUGACCUUAAUGGCGUUUGGUGUCGCACCCUAUCGAAAAUUCUCUUUUCCCGAAGGUUUUUAUCUUGCAAAUUUCUACCCUCCGAAAGAAAAGAAAGGUGCGUUUUUCCGAAUGCGUUCCUCCUCAGUAUAUCGAGCAGGCGGCCAUCUGUCAAGUUUAUUCGUUUAUUUCGGUCCCAUCUCUAUCCCGGGACGACAUGCCUCCGAAACCAUCCAGUUAGUCGGGUCGACAUCUGGGCCGAGUCUCCUCGUUACUCCGGAGCGUAACCUACAUUCGGAAGGUUGACCUGGAUUUGCAUUCCUCCUCCUUCCCGCGGAGGAGAAAUGAACCCGUCCGUUUCGCUAUCGCGUCGUUUUUGUCCCGCCUGUCCAAAGAGUGAUCGAACGCCCGGACGUUUUCUUUAGCUGCGAUAGACCACCCGCUUCCAGCCCGCGGCUUCGUCCUUCGACUAAUUUUUUUUUCUUUUUAACGAGUCGUAGGGGUGAGAGGUCAAGGACGAGUGCCGCUCCUGCAGAUAAGAGUUUGGUUUAUCUGUGCAGUCCGACGCGUGGUUCUUUUUGUGAUGAAGCAGAGAACUAUUUGACCUCGUGGCGAAGAGAAGAAAGCUGGCAGAAGACUGCUGCUAUUUCCGUCUUCAUAAACAGGUUUCGACAUCGACCUCAGUUCGUUGCACAUAAAGGGGUUAAUUACCUGUAUAUCGGUGGUGGCCAAUGUAAAAUCGUGUUCGUUCGUUAGGGGCCAAACGAAAAUGUGACUUUGAAACUGUUCGCAGCCGCCUUCCACCGGGAUUAUUGAUGAUCGGCGCCGGGUCAAGGACGCAGACUAGUGCCAUCUAGUGUCAUCGCAUUUUACUAUUGAUUAUAUUUAAUAGCAUCUGUUCGUCUAGUUGCGCUCGUUUCGAAUUUUCUAAAUUUUAGAAUCUGUCGCACAGCCCGCGUACUAUUUAGUUCGGGUCACCCGGAAAUCGUCAAAUGGCGAAAGUGAUGACGUCAGAUUUUCUUCCCGGAAUAAACGGCGGACCCACCGGGUUCGUUGCACUCGUCGUUCGAAUAUCUUCGAUAGCCAGAAACGUGUUGCAAGGGAGGAUUGUCAGAGAAUGGCUGUAUCAAGAGUUCCUUCUCCUCCACCAGCUAAUGAAAUAAGUACGCCUGUUGCAGAAAGCUGGUGUUAUACACAGGUAAAAGUCAUCAAAUUUUCUUUCAUGUGGACCAUAAAUAAUUUCAGUUUCUGUCGUGAGGAAAUGGGUGAAGUUCUGAAAAGUUCUACUUUCUCUGCUGGUGCUAAUGAUAAAUUAAAAUGGUGUCUAAGGGUUAAUCCUAAAGGACUAGAUGAAGAAAGUAAAGAUUAUUUAUCUUUAUAUUUACUCCUAGUCUCUUGUAACAAAAGUGAAGUUAGAGCAAAAUUCAAAUUUUCCAUUUUGAAUGCAAAGAGAGAAGAAACUAAAGCAAUGGAAAGCCAACGUGCUUAUAGGUUUGUUCAAGGAAAAGAUUGGGGAUUUAAGAAGUUUAUAAGGAGGGACUUUUUACUAGAUGAGGCUAAUGGUCUUUUACCUGAUGAUAAAUUAACAUUAUAUUGUGAAGUAAGUGUAGUGGCUGAUUCAGUAAAUGUAUUUGGUCAAAACAAUUCUAUACAGUUUAAAGUACCAGAAUGUCACCUUUCAGAGAAUUUAGGAAACCUAUUUGAAAGUCAGAAAUUUAGUGAUGUUAUAUUAAGUGUGAAUGGGAGAGAAUUUUAUGCUCAUAAAGCAAUUUUAGCAGCACGUUCAUUAGUGUUUUCUGCCAUGUUUGAACAUGAAAUGGAAGAAAAGAAACAGAACAGAGUUGCAAUCACAGACAUGGAUCAUGAAGUACUUCGAGAAAUGCUUCGCUUUAUAUAUACUGGUAAAGCUCCAAAUUUAGAGAAAAUGGCUGACGAUCUUCUAGCUGCUGCCGAUAAGUAUGCUUUGGAGCGGUUAAAAGUGAUGUGUGAAGAAGCAUUGUGUUCAAACUUGUCAGUGGAAACAGCAACUGAUGUUCUUAUAUUGGCUGACAUGCAUAGUGCAGAUCAGUUAAAAGCACAUGCAAUUGAUUUUAUUAACACUCAUGCAGCUGAUGUCAUGGAAACAGCAGGUUGGAAAAAUAUGGUCUACAGACAUCCACAUUUGGUUGCAGAGGCUUUUCGUGCCUUGGCAACACAACAAAUCCCACCUAUAGGACCACCUCGUAAAAGAAUCAAACAAUCAUAGGGACAUUUAGCAUCUGAUUUGUACAGUUUUUCAUUCAUCUGCUUAAUAUCAAACUGCAAUAAGUUAUUUUUUCAAUGUUCUACCUCCCGUGUUCCCGGCCUUGUCUUCCGCCAUCAGACAGCUCAGCUACCAUAACAGGAUAAGCUGUCUACCUCACCACCGACUAAAGGAGGAAAUGAAAUUAGUCUUUUUUUAGCACGAAAUUAAUUUUGUUAUGACUGCAUUUUUUGUGAAAAGUUCAACUUCCAAAAUAUUUGUGUUUCUAAACAGAUCAUCCAAAGUUUUAGUGUAUUGUUAUAGUGAUGGUCUGAUUUAUGGUAUCAACCAAAGAACUUCGUGAUAUUGAGGAUGCAUCUGAUUUUUUGUUUUCAUGGUCAGUGAAAAAUUCCACAUGCAUAUAAAAUAUAUAUAUAUAUAUAUAAACAUUUGGAAAUAAACUUUUUUCCAUCAUCAUUGAAGUGCUUUUUAAAAUAAAUUCAAGGAAAUAAAUCAUCUUUCAUUAAAUCAAGAACUAUAAUAUAUCAUGUUGAUAUACCAAAAAAGAAAUGCUGCUGCAUUUGUGCAUGUCUGUGUAGAAUUAAGGAAAAGUUUUACAUGUGACUUAUUCUAAAGGAUACCACAAUGUUCCAAACAGACUUGAUGCUUAUGGACCAAACUCUCUUAAAAUAUGAGGCACAAACAGAAUAUCUUUAUUUUGCAGUACAACAGUUUAGGGUCUUCUUAUUAUUAGUUUUCUUUACCUUCCCAAUAUCUUAAGUUGGAAGUACCUCAAAUAUUAGGAAAACCGAGCUUGUAAAAAUUAAUCUGUGAUAAAUUCUGUUUUAUGCAGCAGUUGAAAGAAUUAUAAUUUUAGCUAGUCUGAAUUAGUUUUAAUUUAAGUUUUCCCCCCUCUCUCCUAUAAUUAGGAAAAUUCAACAAAAGUUGCAAGCAAAUGCUUUUGUUACAUUGAGUUUUUUCUAUUGAUGAAUUUAAACUCUCCGUGAUGUGUUGUAACAUACAUUCAUCAAUGUAUAUAUUGUCACAAAACUGUACAACAGAUUUGUGGUGGUGUAACAACAACUGUCAGGUAUAUGUUAUUGCCAAAAGUUUGCUCUUCCUGUAAUAAUUGCACUGAUUCUUCAUACUUAGGAUGUAAUUUCUUCCUAUUCUUCUAUUAAAACUGUUUUUAAAUUGUGGAUUAAGUUUAACACAAAAAUAUCAAUAAUCCAAAAUCUUAAGUGACAAUUUGGAUUUUUUCUUUUUAUUUAAAAGAAAGUAUAAAAUCAAAGCAAGAAAUAUUUUCAUACUUAUUUAUUAUUAAAAGAAAUAUCAGCUUCAGCACUUUAUACCAUUAAGGACAACAGCACUAGAUGUUUGUCUAUGCAAUUUCGAAAUAUAUAUUGUUGACUAGAAUUUUCACAAAUUGAUUCAACUGUUAAAUGUGCAUCAUAAAAAUAAAGAAAAACUUCUUAUUAAAUAAUAAGCUUGAUGGUUCAGAUCAUUUGUCAAAUUAUUCACUGUGUUAAUGCUAAUUUAUAAAUCUUUCAUUGUAAUGUAUUAAGAACUUUUAUUUAUACUAGUUCCUGUAAACAUCACAAUAUCAAAUGCAUGAUUGUAAAAAUUCACCCAAAAGUUGCCAAAAUCAAAUAAUUUUCCUCUGUUUAGUAUUUUGUAACAUUUUAUAUUUUCUUUAUUGUCUUCUGGGAUAAAUUCUGAUCUAAAAUUUCAAAUGUAUGAUGUAAUACUGUAUGAUCUGAACAUAUGAGGCAUGCUUACGAGCGUGCAAUAUCAAAGGCUAUGGACUUCUACCAAUCUCGGCAUUUCAGUUUCAUAUUAAUUGAUUCUAUUUAUCUCUUAUUACUAGAUAAAAUAUCUAAAGAUUUAUUGGGCAGUAAAUUUUUACAUCCUAAAUCUCAGUAAUCGAGAAUAUUUUAACAAUGACAAUGAUAUUUAUUCUUUGGAAAAGUUGGCCUCUUAUUCUUGUAUUUUUUUUUUUUUUUUUAUAGUACAGAGCAUAAAUCAGCCUGAGUAUUCAGAUAUGUCAGCACUGCCCAAUUUUAUGAUUUCAAAUGCCUAAUAUUAUAUAAGUACAAAAUAUUUGUUUUAUAAGAGCAUUAUUGGUGGAGGUCCUUGUCUGAUGUGUUUUGCAACUGUAGAGGGACCUUGCUUCUUAGCACUUGUUGAAUAAAAACUUAGUGACAAAACAUUGUA